AUUAAAUUAUCUCGUAAAUGAGUGAAAAUGCAGAGUGUGAGCUGUGAGGAGAUCGAUGGUGUAGACCUUAUUAUCUUUAGAUUUCAUUUUAGUUUGAUCAGAGAGUGAAUCAAGAUCUCGCUUCUCUCUCUUAUCUUUUCAUAAUUUAAUUUGAAACCACCAGGUUGCACAGUAACCUGAUGGUUAGCACUGUUGCCUCACAGUUAGAAGAUCCCUGGUUUGCGUCCCAACCUGGACCUGGGAUCUUUCUAUGUGGAGUUUGCAUGUUCUCCCUGUGCAUUUGUGGAUUUUCUCCCGGUACUCUGGCUUCCUCCUACAGUUCAAAAACAUGCAGAGGUUAAUUGGUCAUUCUAAAUUGUACAUAGGUGUGAAUGUGAAUGCGCUUGUUAAAAUUUUCCAAGCUUUUUUUUUGUUGUCAUUUUGAUGAUUAUGGCUUAGCUUUCUGAUUGUGAAAAUUAGAAAUCCACUAUCUCAAAUUAUUGGAAUGUUCCCUAAGAUUAAUGUGGUUGUGUGUACAAAUCUGCAUGGUGUUAUACUGUUGAAUAGUGAAAUAUUUAAAUAUUUUGAUACAUAAGUAACAAUUAUAGAUUUUUUUAAAUAGAAAAAUGCUUGAAACUUCCAGGUGUCAUGUUUCUAGUUUUUGAUGUAUCAUUAGAAAAUGUAACAUUAAACAUAAAGUCCAUUUAUCCUAAUGGAAACCUCCUGCAGGUCUCAGCUCUGACCACUAGAGGCCGCUAAAUGCUUACGUGUUGUCGCCAUAGAAACUCAGCGAAAUAGACUCGACUUUGCUUGAUGAAAUGGCCAAACCAGAGUUAGUAGUUAAAAAGUCGGUGGUUAGAGCCUUGUAUGGCGGAGCAACUUCUUUAAAUUUAAGUUCUCAGAGGAUAAAGGACGUUCCCAAAUGUGUUUCCAGGUUAACGAAGCUGUCGGUCCUCCUGUUGAACAACAACUCCAUCAGCCGCCUCCCCGUCGAGCUGCUCUCUCUGCGACAACUGGCUGAACUGAAUUUGGGAAAUAAUGACUUGGAGGAGGUCCCCGCUGUGUUGGGCCAUCUGGAGUCCUUGAAAAAACUCUACCUGUUCAGCAACCAAAUUACUGUAGUGCCACCUGAAGUGAUAGGUGGCUUGGAGAACCUCGUUGUCCUCAAUUUGAACCACAACCUCAUUCAAAGACUCCCACCAGAGAUUAAAAGCUUGACUAAACUUCAACACCUCAGUGUGCUGGACAAUAAUCUGGAGGAAGUUCCAGUUGAGAUUGGUUACCUUGCUUCGUUGUCUGAGAUAAACCUGACCUCCAACAAGCUGUCUCAGCUUCCUCAGCAGCUGUACCAGUGCAAAGAACUGACAAAGCUGUAUGCAGCCAGAAACAAGCUGGCCAGCCUACCAGAGGGAAUCCAGGCACUGGAAAAACUUCAAGUUUUGGAUGUUGCUGGGAACAACUUGACCAUGUUCCCCAUCAAGUUCCACCUGAUGUCCCUGAAGGAACUGUACUGUGAAGGCAACAGGUUUGCACAGUGUGAGCCGAUGCUGUCUGUGCAGGACGCUGAGGUGCUGUCAUUAAAGGAACUAGUUGCCAGAUUUGUUUUGCAGGAGGACAGGAACAGGUUCUCUCUGAUCCACAGGAUGCUUCCUCGCUACCCAUCCCUGGCUGCCCUGCUGGCCUGUGGCAGCUGUUGUGCAGUCUGCCUGGGCCCCUUCCUUACCACCUGGCUGGAAUGUGUGCAUUUUGUAAGACUCAAGAAGGACAUGAAAAUGAAGACUUUGCUGACUGUCCCGGUGCGCGCUCUCGUCUGUUCAUAUAAGUGCUUUAACAGAGAGGGACACUCCUUCUAUGGCGUUGCUACAAGAUAAUACAAAUUCAUUAAAAGGCUGCACAGUGGCGUGGAGGUGAGCACUUAUUGCCUUGCAGCUAGAGGAUCCAUGGUUCGCGCGUCCUGUUUUAAGUUAGUGUAUUGUUUUUAAGUUAUUUUCUUGUUUUUUUUUACUGUGAAACACUUUCGUCACCCUUUGGGCUGUUGUAAAGGGCUACAGAAAUAAACUUUGAUUGAUUGGUUGAUUCACCCAGUAGCCACAAGCCUUUCUUUUUAAUUACAUGCAGGUCCUUUAAGGUUACUGUAUGUAGAGGGAUAUUUGCAUACCAGUACUCAAUCACAACUAGCCUCGCUGCUCCUCCAUUUCCACAUAACCACCCAUGCCAGUAAUAGACUGAUUUGGAUUCAGGGGAGGCUAAUCUAGAGCUCUGAGUCUCAGCCCAAACCCGAUUAGUCUGACUCUUUGGGUUUGAUUCAGGAUAUAAUUCCCUCGGGGUCAAAUUAGGUCAAGUCAUGCCAGAUCUUUCCUUUGUUCACCUUAUUGAAGGGGAAUCCUCUACAGUUAAAAAAAGCAUAGCUUUUACUUCACUGACACAGGUCAUUUUAAAAUCAUUUGCAAAGUAAGUCAAGGCUGAAAUGACAUAUUAUGGUAAAGUGCAGUCCAGGUCAGGUUAAAACUCCAGAUAUCCACACCAGGUCGAGCAGGGCUAUUUCAGUCCAGAGUUUUAAAACUUUAAUGUAUUCCAUUUACUCUUCUACCUUCCCGGCAGGUCCCCCAUAUCUGACAAGACCUGACAGCUUUUGAAGCUAAAAACACUGCAAUACCUCUAUAGGUUAAUACAGUCUCAAGAAGCUGUUUAAACUCAGAACAAAUUCCAACCAAGCUCAUAGUAGCAGCUACUUGGGUGUAUUAACACAGUUGUGUCUGAGACCUGAAUACAUACAUGUCAUGUAUGAUAUUCAGCCUCCAUACAGUAACAAUGACAGCCAUUUCUUCCGCAUUAGCUGAAGGUUCAUAAAUCACAUCGUGGGCUCGGCCUGCAGAAGACGGAUCGGCCAUCUGUAAAUAUUUAUUCAGCAUCUCUAUAAUUAAACAGAGCCAAUGCAUCAUGUCAGGCAUACAUGUCUGAUGAUAGCGGCUCACACACAGUGCUUGAAUAAUACAGUGGGGAACAGCUUGGUCAAACAUUUGUUGGAGAUCCGAGUGAGAGACGGCGAGACAGACAGAGAGAGAGAAAGAGCAAUGAAGUGACGGAGGAUAGAUGAGUCCAACAUCUUAGACUAGUAAAGGGUGGGCUGAUGAAUGCAAGAUGCCAUUUGACAGAGUGAUAGUGGAAAAGAAAUGAACAGAUAAAAUGAUAAACAGGAGAUGUUGCAGAGGAAAAAAAGACCAGCUGAGAAAGAUGAGCAGCGUGAAAAGAUGAAUCCAGCACGUCAGAGGACAGAAAGGCAAAGCUAGACUAAGUGAGGAGGUCCUUUGGAGUAAACAGUUUCAUGAUGGUCUGUCAGAAGCUGUUUGACCUAGUGGCUCCCUAUGAUAGAGUUUCACGUCUCUGUGGAGGAGAUGAAAUACUAAUUUACUUCUCCCUCUGCGUAUUUGGAGGAAAGUGAAAGUUGUAUACCGAUGGGAUCUUCCAUGGUGAUAAAAGUAUGAGAGCUGUGUGUGGGAGACGGGAGAGGAAAAGAUGUUUGACUAAGCCGCGACAUUUGUAAAUCUCAUUAAAAGGAUUCUGAAGCACAAGUGAACUAAGUUUAGCAUUUUAGAGGUGGUUGAGUGGCACAAAAAGUAACAACAGGUAAAUUCUGAGUAGAGUUGGACAAAUAAUAUUGACUGUGUUUCUGAUUUUUGUCUGUAAUUGCAGGUAUAUGAGAGGCUAUGGACCCCUUCUACAAAAAAAAAUGUCACUCUAAAUUUUCCUCUCAGCAUUUUUGCUUAAAUCAAGUUUAGAACAUUAAACAUUUACAACACUGUGAUGAAAAUAGAGUCAAAAUGUAUCUCGGAUGUUCUGCCUUGACACUGUGCUGUAUGUCACAGAGCUGCUGCAAAAACAACUUUUGGCAACUACAAGGAAAAGAGGAGACUCCAAAAAUAUUUUUCAUCUGACUUUUGUUGUUUUGAUCAUCAAGUAAAAUACUAUAUUGUUCAGUUCAAUAUACCUGUGACUAAAUGUUUUGUUCCCUUUGUAGACACUCUGUGAUCUGUAAAGUGUGUGUUCAUGUUUUGUAAAUAGGAUAAUUCCUUUAAUGUGAACAUUUUCAGAAUGUACUUUUUUGCACUUGUUUGUGGUUAUUUAUAGGUUGUUAUGCUGUGAUUUUACUGGUGCGGCCCACUUGAAAUCAGUUUGGGCUGAAUGUGGUAAACAUCACUGCACAUGUUGUCCGAUUUCACAGGAAUGACAAAUAUCACAUGUACUGUACAGUAAUGAGCAGACAAGAUUUUGAUGUAUUGAUAUAUGUUGUUGGUAUGUUUAGAGGGCAAAGCAACUUUAGAACUGUUUAGUUGGAGUUUUGAGCAAAACCAAAAAAAUAUCGAUUAUAAUCAGCUAUAUCACAUGAAAAAUCUUCAUCUGGUUUCCCAUUGAGCUAAGUAGGAAAACACUCAAUCCUUUACUUCAUGGACCCAUCAAGCUGCGAACACCUAACAAUGCUUACUCACUUAGCAGAAACGGAGUGACACAAGCCACGGGAGUCCUUUUACUUGCUUUCUAUUAAAUGCAGCUUUAACAUUCACUUAUCCCUGGUUUUAUUUUACAUCAUCCGGCAUGUUAAAACAAUGUUGACUGUAGAUUUAAAUGCAGAAGUUAUUGGAUUCAAUAUGGACAUCUGGAACAGUGUUUGAAAUUGUUAGAAAUAGAAAAUAGUGGGAAAAUUAGUUUAUUUUGUCGUCAAUCAACAAUACUGUGGUUCUGUGUUCCUUGUUAAUAUACAUUUAAACAGGAAGAUCAAACUGGAUCUGGAAAAACCUGUACAAUAGAUGUCAUUUUUUAGUUUUUUUUUAAGUAUCUAAGUUUUUCAUGAUUUGUCUGUAUUUGUCCCCAUAACAAUAAAUGUCUGCUGCUGCUCCACAUG